AUGUACAAAAGCCUUGCUUCCGGUGGUCGGGAGCGCAGUGACGUCAGAUCCGGCACGUGGGAGGCGACUGCGGCCAUGGCAGCGGUGCGGGACCCAGCGGAGCCGUCAGGUCGAGCACCGCGGUCGGGGGAGGAACACAAUGGCGGGACCCGCGCGCUGGCCGGCCACGUGCGCUACCUGACUCUGGGCGGGCUUUGGCCGCGCGCGCGGGGAACCCCCUACCUGGUGUACGCGGCGCUGGUGCAGCUGUGCGGCGCCGCCUACGUGGCAGUCUGCCUGCUCAGCGUGUACUCGGCGCGCGGCGACGUGGCCGGCAUCUCGCACACGCUCAUGCACACGCUCGAGAUCAGCUCCGGGGUGCUGAAGGCGGGGCUCUUCUUCCGCAAGCGGCGGGCCUUCUACCGGCUGGUGCGGGACCUCGAGCUGAUGGAGUCCCGGGACUGGGGUUGCCCCGAGCUGGAGGCCGCUCGGCGAUGGGCGCGCUGGAUGACGGUGUCACUGAGCGCCUACAUCUACGCUCUGAUCCUGCUGUGGCUUCCGUCGCCGCUGCUGGCGGGCGGUGACGAGUGGCUGCUGCCGCUGGUGCAGCUCCACGGCGUGGACUGGUCACGGCGGCCCGCCGCCUACGCCGCGCUCUACGCACUGCAGUGCGCCGUGCCACUCACGCAGGUGCCCGUCGUCAUCGGCCUGGACUGCUUCUUCGUGGCGGCCAUGCUGCACGUGGGGGCACUACUGCAGCUGCUGGGGCAGCGCGUCUCCAGUCUGCGAGUCUCGAGUGACAGUUACUCUGAAGACUCUGCUAGCGACGAGGAACGGCACAUUCUCUACGCAGAACUCUGCAGCUGCAUCCAGAGUCAUCAGAAAAUAACAAAGUUCCUGCAGGACCUGGAGGAGGCCAUGAGCGGCAUGGUGCUGGUGCAGCUGUCCUCUACCAUGGUCAACCUGUGCACGGCACUCUACCAGCAGACCAAGAUCAAGGACGUGAGCUCGGCCCUGCAGUACGCCAUGCUGCUGCCCUUCCACACCGCGCAGAUCUACUUCUACUGCUGGACGGCCGACAACAUAACGCAACAGUUAUUUGUGUAA